GUUUUGGAACAAGGGCUGUGCAUCAUUUUGAAUGGUUGGUGGAAAAGAUCAGUGACAGAAACAACAGGAAGGUAUUAAAAGUGGACCUUAUUUCACACAAAAUUUGUCUAUUGUAGUACAAAAAUAAUCUGGUCACCAUGACAUCAGUACCAAGUCCUGGAGGCCUGGAUGAAAGUGACAUUCGCAUAUUGAAGGUAUUCAAAAGUAUUUCCUCUGAAGGACAAAGGUUCCUCCUGUUUGUAUUUCAGAAAGGAUGUCCCAAAUUUGGACAUGAAACAGUUGAACAGUACCUGAAGCGCAACGAAAUGACAAAUGAAGAUUACAAACGCAUGUUUGAUAAAGAAAUGAGAGAGAAGAUUGAAAAUGAUGCUUCAGGGAAAACAUUUGAUGUAAGUUUACUUCAUGCUGUCAUCAGGAACACUUGUAUAAAAGUUGCAGAUCCCAAAGAAAGUGCAAAAUGGAGCAGGACAGGUGAUAAACUUGAGAACUACUGUUCCAGGAUUAAGCAUGAGAGAAAUCUCAUUGCCCAUGGGUUAGAAUUUGAAAACGAGGAAGCUAUGAUUCAGAAGCUUGAAUCUCUAUGUGAUAUGUUGAAGAAGGGGUACGAGUUAGCUGGCAUCCGCUACUCUGUCACAUCCUCAAUAAUUAAGGAUGAAGUGAAGAUAAUGAUGGACAAUAUUGAAAAAAUAAAAGUUGCAACAAUCUUGCCUGUAGAUGCUAGUAAGUACCAAGAAGAAAUCAGAAAGCUAAGAGAACAUUUAGAAGAUUAUAUGAGAAAGAGUGGAGUGGCAGAGUUAAAGGAAAAGAUAAAGGGACAGACAAAGGUGGACCCAGCAUCUUUCAUCUCUGGCAAAGAGGCGCUUAAAGUGAGAGCCAUUUUCACAAAUUUGGAAGUUGUUAUGGAAGAUAAAGCACUAAAGCAUGAUAACCAAACUCACAUUGAUUACAAAUCUGUGCUAGAGCAGAAGACUAAAAAAGGAGAGAUGCCCAGCAUAAUAGUCAUUGAAGGGGAAGCAGGUGCAGGGAAGAGCACAUUUGCCAAACUCAUUCUGGCAGAGUGGGCUGAGAUGUCCCCCACCUCGCACGCACAGAUUAGAAAUCUGGAGACGUAUGAAAUUGUCUUGUAUGCUGAAUGUAAGAACAAAUUUGUCACAAACUUUGCUGACUUGCUAAACUUGCUCAUACCUUGUGCCUCUUACUCCAUGUCAAAUGAAGAUAUUGUGCGUUCUGUGUUGGCACUCAGAGUUCUACUAAUUCUCGAUGGAAUGGAUGAACUUAACAAAACUUCUAGAGAAUUAGUAGAGGAGAUUGUGAUGGAUAAGAUGCCGAGAAGCACAGGUGUAUUUCACCUUCUGCUCACCACAAGACCACAGGCACUAAAGGAAGUAUUCAUCCUCUGCAAAAAGUCUGAAUGGAUACACAUGAGAAUUUUGGGCGUCACACCUGAGCAAAGACCAGAUUUUGUGCAUAAAUUGCAUGAGGAAAUGAAAAAAGAACAUAUGAGCACACAAGACACCCAGAAGUUGGUGGAUUAUGUAAGGAAAUCAGAGGCUCGCCUGGGAGAACAUUUUCGUUUGCCUCUAAACCUUACUCUCUUAACUUACUUAUGGGCCGAAAGCCCCAAAGACGUUAACUCAGUCACAACAGCUACUCACCUCUUCUUGAGAAUUCUUCAACUCAUUGAAUGUCGUGUGGUAAGUCGCAUUUUUGAGAAUCAUCAUGGUGAUAUGGAUGAAAUUACUGACCAGGUCAGGGAAUAUAUGGAGGUGCUGUUUGAAAAAUGUUUUGAGGAGAUUAUAAGCAAGUCCCUGCAGCUGAGUGAAUCUUCAGAACAGACAUUAAAGGGGAAAUGCAAGGACCUUAAACUUCCAUAUAAAGACAUGUCUGCAGCCUUUAUGAAUGUGACCCGGGAAUGGAGUGCAUCAGCUGGAUAUGUGCUUCACCUCACUGCUCCGCACAAAAGCAUAAUGGAAUUUUUUGCAGCAAAAUGGAUUCACUCUUGUUUGAAGGGGGUUGGGGCGAAGAAAAAGAACUUGAAAAGUGUUUUGGAGGACUUGCAUUGUGGUCAAUCUUCAUUGCCUAUGUACCAGAAUGUGUUGCUUCACCUAUGUGGAUUGCUGAAUGAAGAUGGUAACAGUACCCUUGACCAGCAUGCAGAGGAAUUGGUGCAGCUAUUGUUUGUGGCAGGGACGACAGAGCAACAGUGGCUAGACAUAAUUGCCGAGUCAGAGUGCAAUGAAAAUGUUGUAAAACACAUAGCUCCAAUGAUUAAGAAGACACUUAUUGUACGAGAUGGUCACACAGGGGCAGCUGCCAGUAUUUUUAGCCAUCUACCGGAAUCAACUCCUGUUAAAGUGAUCUUAAACUGUGAGAUAACAUACAUUCCACACUUGAAAGAUUUUCUUGAAAAACUUGCCAAGAGACGUUGUAUGGCUGAACUUCAUUUCAGGCAUCAGUGGAAGAAUAUACAGUGUGGGAAUUCUAGCAGUCUUCUUCAGGAUCUGAGUGAAAGCAAGUGUGAGAUAGAGUGUUUCACAGGCAACCUGGAUGAUUUGGCAAACCUCCCAAAUGCUAUCCAGAAGUUAAAGAUUGCCCUUCAUAGUGACACUCAGGCAGAAAAGAUAUGUAACGAGAUAGAAGACGUAGUUAAAGAAUUUGAGCUCAUCUAUUUGGGAGUCCACGUGAUAAAAGGCGUCUCCCCAAUGUCCUUGAGGCCCCUGCCCAUUAUUGAUGUGCCCAAGAAGGAAACUGGGGCAAUCUGGGUCUCGGGAGUAAGCGAUGCAGAUGUGGAUUGGGCUGUCACGGUUGCAGAAGUAUUGCAACCUCCACUGGG